ACGAGGGCCCCUCAGGAGCUUGCCUGGAAGGUCUGCCUGGCUGGGGGGCUGUGGCCCUCACCGCUGAGGCUGUCACCACUAGGACACAAGGCCUGGCUUGGGAGAAUCAGGGUUCCUCCUGCCACAGGACUGACCGCCUGCUGAGGCCGGCCACUUCCCCUCCCUCCCACAAGGCUUGUGCUGGGCUCCCUCCCUCUUGCCUGAUGUGCCCAGGCUCAGUGUAGGCUCACCCCACCCCCCAUUCCUCUAUGCUGCUGUGUGGGGGUGUGGCGCAUCUGUCUCUAGGGGAGGUGAUUCCUUCUUUAAAAAAAGAUUUCUUUAUUUAUUUGAAAGGGGGACUGUUUGGGGAAAGAGAGAGAGAGAGGCAGAGAGAGAAGGUAAGAUCUUUAUCCACUGGUGCACUCCCCAAAUGGUUACAAAAGCCAGGGCUGGACCAGGCCAAAGCCAGGAGCGAGGAGCCUCUUCGAGGGGCCCAAGCACUUGGUCCAUCUUGUACUUUCUCAGGUGCAUUAGGGAACUGGAUCGUAAGGGGAGCAGCCGGGACUCGAACCAGUGCCCCUAUGGGAUAUUGGCAGUGCAAGCAGCAGCUUGACCCUUUGUGCCACAACACUGGCCCCAGGGGAUGGUUCUGGUCCUCCGUCCUUCUCCUGGUUCUUCUAUCAUCCUGGGAAAGGGUGGAGCAGGAGGCAGCAUCCAGACAGUGCUAAAGAUGCCCUCAGUGGCUGGGGCUGCGCCAAGGCCAAGUCCAGGAGCUGGGACCUCAACCCAGGCCUCCCCCAUGAGUUACCUGAGCCAUCAGAGCCGCCUCCCAGGGUCCGUGUCAGCUGAAGCUGGAGCCGGCGGUUGGCCUGAAACCCAGGAAAACAGAACUCCUGAUUCGUGGAACAACCUGGGGCAUUUACUGAGUGAAAUUCCAUCCAAAUGAAAGCUUAGGAAGCAAAUCUACAGUGGCGGAGAGCAGGGCUCCUCCGAGGUUCCUCGAUGGGCAGCUUACCAAGAGGAGCUGAGAGAAUGAUAAUUAAGAUCGGUAGCCAGACCUUCAUGAGAUUCGAAGACGUGCUGACGUGGUCAUCGGCCCGGCACUACUGCCGCCAGUACCACACGGACCUGGCCAACCUGCAGGCGGUGGCCGACGGCGAGGACCUGAAGCCCAUCACUCGUGAGACGGAAGCCUGGAUCGGCCUCUACUACAACGCUAGCAGCAGCUCCACGAGCUGGGCCGGAAGCCAGAACGACAGCAUGCCCCGGUGGAUGGAGGUGCCCAUGCUGAGCGGGGGCCAGUGCGCCGGGCUCCGCGCCUUCUUCUCCUACGCCCCUCGCGUUUCCGCCAUGAACUGCUCCUCACCGCAGCCCUUCAUCUGCUUCUACGACACCUCCAUUGGACCCCAGGCUCCCUCCCCAGGAGUUGCCGCGGGGACCACAUCCGGGACGAGUCCAGGGCUCAGCACCAGCCUCACGGGCGCCGCACCCGACCCGGCGUCCACCACCAGGCUCCCGCCGCCAGUGAGCCCCGGGCCCACGGAGCUCUGCCUUGGCGCCCCGCACCUCUGCUCUUCUGCUCCCCAGCCCCAAGGGGUCACCCCGUCGGACUUGCCUGCCGACUCCGCAUCCCCAGGGAGUACCUCGUCCGUUCCCGAGGGCGUGCCCGGGACCCCGCCAACCACUGCCCAGGGCACAGCCCUACAUCUCACUGUCUCAGAUGGGACCCCAGUUCCCGGGGUAGGGCCGGGUACCUGGCAGGUCCCUGUCCAGGGCACACCCCUAGAUCACACAGCUUAUCCGGGUGGGACCUCAGUUCUUGGGGUAGGGCCUGGUACCCAGCAGGUCUCUGUCCAGGGCACACCCCUAGAUCGCACAGCUUAUCCGGGUGGGACCCCAGUUCCCGGGGGCGGCGUGACUCGGUGGCCAUCAGCAGCGAGCCCCUCACUCGGCUCCACCGGCCAGGCUUCAGCUACUUCCGGGACGGCGGCGCCCGGUGGGUCCUCUGCAUCCAGCUGGUCCCGUGGUGCUGAGACUCCGGGCGGCUCUCCGGGGCAGGAAGAGAGCGUGGCGGCGUCGCCCAGGUCGGGGAAGCCAGCUGUGGCCCAGGGAACCACUGCGCCGCCUGUGUCCACAGCCCAGAGCCAGGCUGCAGCUCGGGAGAGCAAUGCAACAGCUGUGGUCAGCACAGAGGACGGCACUGACGUGAGACCCACAGCUGCUGGCACUCGGGCCCAGCGUCUCGCCACCAGCGCAUGGACCCGCACGGAGACUGGAGGGAAAGCAGCACCAGAUCCAGGCAGCACCCCUGGCGGCCCCGCCCCCGUGACUGCUAGAGGCUGGGGUUUCCCAGUGAUGAUGGGACCCUUCCUGCCCGAGCUGCCCAACUUUCCCUGCUUCAGGGCACGCCUUUGGGAUCCUGAAGGCAGACUUUGUCGUCUCAUCUCUGAAGAACCCGGAGGAGAUGAGAGACCAGUUUCUGAGCGAGGUGAGACUCGGCCCACGUUUAACCGUGACUUGACAAGGCCAGGCAGUGCGCUGAGAUCCGUACAUGCAGAGAGAACGCUCUGGAAAGCAGCCAGAUCCAGGCAGUCUUGAAGCGUGCAUUAGGCCACACGCGGUUCAGCCUGAAAUGGGUCGGCUCUGAAGCGAAUGGAAGAUAGCACCGGCUGCCCCCUGCACUUUCCCUUCCACACAGUCGGCUCUGGAUUCGUAGUGAAUUCUAGUUUUUUUUUUUUUUUUUAAUUGAUUUUUAUUGAUUUGAGAGAGACGGAGAGGGAGGAAGGCAGGGAGUGAGCUCCCAUCUGCUGGUUCCUCCCCAGAUGCCUGGAAGACUCUGUCCAGGUGUUCUUCAGGGGUGGCGGGGACCUGGGUACUUGGGGCCAUCACCGCUGCCUGCCCAGGGUGUGCUUGAGCAGGAAGCUGGAGUCUGGAGGGGAAGCAGGACCAAAAUCCGGGCAUGCCAGGACGGGUGUGGGCUUCCCAGGUGGCCCCUUAGCUUCACCAGCCGCCUGCCCCACAUGCCAGUUGUUAAGUGCCUCGUGGACAGGGAUUAGAAAUAACUGGAGAUAUGCAAGAGGCACAGGCCUGCAGCUGGCACAGAGGAAAAUUCCACAUGAAACCUGCACCCCGGCUCCGGGAGAACGGAACGGGUAAGGCGAAGAUGGGAUACGUGGAGCAGCAAACCUUCAGAACGUUCAACCACCAAGAACAAAACAUCGGAACCAAACAAGGGAAAUCCUGAAAAGGAACCCCGUUAGCCCGUGGGGGACUGAGGGCGGGCAGAAGUGGUCUGGGUGGCUACACGGGGCCACACUUUGCAUCCGACCCAAGGAGGCUGCCUCCCAGCCGCACAGCACGAGGCGCUCUGCCGCCACCGUCCCAGCUUGUGUGUCCCACAGCUGUUGUUUGACCUGGAAGUCGGGACGUUCUGAGACGCGCGGUUCAGAGCGACUGUUCCUGCAUACGUUUUCUUUCUUGUUUUCUAGGAGUGCACCUAGCGCCCAGGGGCCCGCUGAAAGUAAGGCAGUAACACAUCAAGUACAGCAGCAACUUGAGCCUGAAAUGCUUAAAGUUAAAGUUUAUUUGUAGUCUUUGUAGGAAUAUCAAUAAAAGACCUCAAACGUAUCUAUAUCUGUACAUGUACAAGAACCGUCAAAAAUUAUUCACAGAACAAAAAUAAAUCUUCUUUAGAACAAA